AUACCAUGGAAUUUUCUCAGGUCUUCAUCCUUGUUUUCUCUGUUUUCUCUGUUUUCUUGUGCUGUUUCUUUCCUUCACUCCAUUGCAGCAGGCUGCAUUACUACCCAAAACAGCCACAUUUUGGCUUAGCUUCUCAAAUUUCUAUACCGCCUUCUCCUGCACCCAAGGCUGCUUUCCCAAGUCCCACGGUCAGUUCUUCUGAUUCUGCAGCAAUUUUCAAUGUAUUAUCGUUUGGAGCCGUUGGAAAUGGUGAUACAGAUGAUACACAAGCAUUCAAGAUGGCUUGGGAUGCUGCUUGCCAAGUUGAAUCCGCCAUUCUUCUUGUUCCCAAUCAAUAUUCUUUCAUGCUGCAAUCUACAAUUUUUACAGGACCUUGCAAAAAUGGAUUAGUGUUUCAGAUUGAUGGAACCCUAAUGUCACCGGAUGGACCAGAUUCGUGGCCAAAAAAUAACAGCAAGCGACAAUGGCUCGUCUUCUACAGAAUAAAUGGAAUGUCAAUGCAAGGUGGUGGACUAAUAGAUGGGAGAGGAGAGAAAUGGUGGAAUCUUCCCUGCAAACCUCACAAAGGAGUAAAUGGAACAACUCUGCCUGGCCCUUGUGAUAGCCCAGUUGCUAUAAGGUUCUUUAUGAGCUCCAAUUUGACAGUAAGAGGACUUAAACUCAAGAACAGCCCGCAGUUCCAUUUUCGGUUUGAUGGUUGCCAUGAUGUCCUUAUAGAUUCACUAUACAUAAAAGCACCCGCUCAGAGUCCCAACACCGAUGGAAUCCACAUAGAGAAGACCAACGAUGUCAAAAUUUUCAAUUCAAUUGUGGCCAAUGGCGAUGACUGUGUAUCAAUCGGAGCUGGUUGUUUCAAUGUUGAUAUAAGGAACAUUACAUGUGGUCCAAGCCAUGGAAUAAGCAUUGGCAGCCUUGGUAUUUACAAUUCCAGAGCAUGUGUUUCGAAUAUCACGGUGACUGACUCAGUGAUCAAGCAUUCAGACAAUGGGGUUAGAAUAAAAACAUGGCAAGGUGGAUCAGGGUCAGUAUCUAAAGUAACCUUCAAUAACAUUCGAAUGGACACUGUCCGAAACCCUAUCAUAAUAGACCAGUACUACUGCAACAGUAAGGGCUGCACUAACCAAACAUCUGCAGUCUUUAUUUCCGACAUCUUGUAUGCAAACAUUAAGGGUACUUAUGAUGUGAGAAGCCCGCCGAUGCAUUUGGCCUGCAGUGACACAGUCCCUUGCACAAACCUCACGCUCUCGGAUGUGGAGCUGUUUCCAGCUCACGGGCAGACUAUUUUGGAACCAUUUUGCUGGAAUGCCUAUGGCGCGCUUGAAACACUUACCAUUCCACCAGUUUUCUGCUUGUUGGAGGGAAUACCACAAUCAUUGCCACAAAAUGAUGUUGAUAGGUGCUGA